UGCAAAUAUCCAGCCAGCCACUAAGAAGCCCGUCGGGGACGGGAAACCGACGACUCUGGCGCAGAGGCUGGCGUGUGCUGCCAUUCUCUCCCACGUGGAAACAAAAGAGAGUCUGCAUUCUACUUCCGGCGGUGUAUCCUCCUCUCGUCGUCCUCUCAACUUUGUUUCAUUCCCGAAAUUCGCAACGCCUCCUUCGCCGAGGAAGAAACUUACUGUACGAUCGGCUUUUCCUGGUUCUGAGUCUUCUGCAGUCAUGGUGCGCAAUAAUCGACGCCAGAGGGCAAAACCACAACCUGCUUCUGAGCGUCCUGGUUGUCCUCCUCUGAACUUGGUUCCCUCGCAUGAAGCACAGGUCGCAGAUGCCUGUGGAGCGCAGUCUCACUCUGGGACUUCCGCAGACGUGCUUGACAGUAGUCGACACAAGAGGCCAAAACGACAACAAAUUACCAACCGUCCUGGCUGUCCUCCUUUGAAGUUUGUUUCAGCUCAUGAAGCAGAGGCCGCAAAUGCUGCAAAGUUGCCACGCCCUCCAAAACGACGGCCUACUUCCUACCGUCCUGGCUGUCCUCCUUUGAAGUUUGUUCCCGCACAUGAAGCAGAGGCCGCAAAUGCAAAAUUUCCGCGCCCUCCAAAACGACGGCCUAUUCCCGACCGUCAUGGCUACCCUCCUUUGAAGUUUGUUCCUGCACACGAAGCAGAGGCUGCAUAUGCUGCGAUGUUUCCCAGACGCUCUCUACAACGGCGGCCUACCUCCUACCGUCCUGGCUGUCCUCCUUUGAAGUUUGUUCCCGCACAUGAAGCGAAAGCUGCACAUACCACAAAGAGCCCGACAGAUGCUCUUGACACCGUGACAGGGGCUGCUUGAACUUAUAAUCUCCCAUGUCGGACCGAAACGAACCUUUGGCGAUUUCCUUCCAUGACGAACAAUCUGUCCUCUACAAUCACAACGGAACUAGUUGCACCUUCUCAGAACAACAACAAGGCAUUUAGAACUCGCACGAUGGCCGAACUACUCCACUUUGUAAUACUUACUUUUGGUCGCAACAGCGGGCGGCGGGCGGACCAGGAGACAUUCGCGGUGGCGGGCAGUUGCUCAAGGCUGAACUUGUCU